GCCUUCGAGAAACCGCUUGUUUUGAUUUUUCUUGUUUUUGAUCAGGUCUAAAUAACACACAGAGACCUAUUAGCAUUACCAUGGAAGUAUCAGUUUCCACGACAACACGAAGCUAUAUUGAUGCCGACAUUAAAAAUAUUGACGAUGUCAAGCUACAGCCGCAACUGCAGUCCCUGUCUAUGCACUGCAACUCCAUCACGCGCAUUACGGGACUUGCACAUCUUUAUUGUCUGACACACCUUGAUCUGUCAUCUAACGCUAUCGACAGAUUGGAUGGGCUCGGCAAUCUAUGUAGCCUGCAGGCGCUGAAUGUGGCUUGCAACAGACUGGAAGCUGUAUCUGGGCUGGAAGGGCUGAGACGAUUACUCACCAUCAAUCUGUCAUACAAUCGCAUCACAGACAUCGGGGGCUUUCGCGGCAUGGGUGGCAACACAUACAGCAUGGCGCAGGUCAUUCUUCAUGGAAACAAGCUAGCAGAUAUCGACCACCUUGUUCACAGUCUGCAGGCAUGUGUGAAGCUACACACUCUAACGUUGGUGUGCGAUAAAUCUGCAAACCCUGUUUGCUCUACUAUGGCUUACAGAAGAACUCUACUCGAAUCAAUGACAAACUUGUUGGUUCUUGAUGGAUACGAUCGCACAGGACGCACCAUUGCCAAUGCUAACAGCACACAAUUCCAACUUGGCACGCAUAUCUCUUCUGAUCUGCUGCUCGGGCGUCGGGCGGAAGCGUCAAACGCCGUCAUCACGCCGAGGAUCGACGUGAUGUUAGAGAACCUACGCGACGCUCGGACCUCCGCUCACAUCGUCGCAUCGUCGACAGACGCAGCGCAGGUUCAUGGCGAGGGCGGCAUGGACGGUGAGCGAGAUUUGCGGCUGGACAAACUGGAGUUGCAGCUCGCCUCGCUGCUUGUCAAGCAGGCGUCGUCACGGCAACCCGCGUCAUCCCAGCGCGGAACCCCGCCGACGAACAUCGCCCCGCAGAGGGGGCGCCCCCUGGCGAGAGCGCGGCGCGAUUCGACGUCCGGCGACGACGAGGAGGAGUCGACUGUCGCAGCGGCGACAUCGCUCGAGCGGAGCCUCUCGCCAGGUGGCGCCGUCGGCUCGUCCGAGGCGGCGACGUC